UUAUUCAUGUGUCACUGUCAGAACUGACACAAAUAGCGACGGCGACGCACCGAUUACACUGUUGGAUUACGAUGAAUAGUUUGUUUAUAUAUUGCUAGAGUGUACAACUAUUCAUCACUAAAUUAUCUGUUUACUUCAUUAUCCAGAAACUCGGGGUUUGCUUCAAAAUGGGCCAGGGCAAGAGCCAGUUCACUGAAGAGGAGCUUCAAGAUUACGAGGAUCUCACUUACUUUACGAAGAAGGAAGUGUUAUAUGCCCACACUCGGUUCAAAGCCCUGGCUCCAGAGAAGGUUGGCCACAACAAGAACGCCAAGCUGCCGAUGGCCAAGAUCCUCCAAUACCCAGAGCUCCGAGUCAACCCGUUCCGAGACCGGAUCUGCAAAGUGUUCAGCUCGAGCAGUGAUGGCGAUUGCACUUUUGAGGACUUCUUGGAUAUGAUGUCGGUGUUCAGUGAUAAUGCUCCGAAAGCGGUGAAAGCUGAGCAUGCUUUUAGGAUUUUUGAUUUCGACGGCGACGACAUGAUAGGGGUCUCUGACCUCCGCGAAGUGAUCGAGCGGCUGUGCGGUCCAGAACUACAGCUGACCGACUCGGAGCUGCAGCAGCUGGUGCAGAACGUUCUGGAAGAAGCCGACUUGGAUGACGAUGGCGCGCUCAGCUUUGCCGAAUUUGAGCAUAUUAUUGAUAAGAGCUCGGACUUCACUCAGACGUUCCGGAUACGACUGUAACGAGGAGGCAGCAACGAAAAAUGUCUUCCAAAAUUUGUUGUCAACUUAAACUAUUAUUACCUGCUUUAAGAGAAUAGUAACAUAAGCGCUCGUAUCCUGAUCCGCGUACGAGGAAAUUAUUUGAAAAAAUAAUCGCGGCACUCAAGUGGAUUAUUAAUCUCCAAUUUUGUAUGAAUAACCAAAAAACAAUGAAUUUGUUAUUUUAUUAAUCUUAUACCACUGUUUACGUACUAUUCCGACUACAUGACAUUUUGAAUCUCAAAUUUAAAGCCUGACCAGUAAUAUAUGAUCACGCGCCAUAUUGCGGAAUUUAAUUGGAACUAAAUUUUUCAUACUAAAUUGAUAUGAAACAUGAAAAUAAGAGCGCCCUCUUGACAAUGAUCAUAUAUUUCUGGUCGUGCUUUAUUUAUAGUUAAGGCAUUAUUGUAAGUCAGUUUAGCUACUUAAUAGUUAAAAGAUCAUGUAAUAAAGGUAUGUCAGCAGCGACUUGGAAAGAAAAAUAGUGUGGCAGUGUCACCAUAACAGCCAAUUUCUUUAAAAAUAAUUUAUAUAGUUCGUCAAGCCAUUUCCGUCAGUAGAAAAAAAGCGCCAAUUUAAAAAAUGUACGCGUGAAGGGUAAUCAUCCAAUAGAAAAUUUGAAUUUCGCGCCUUUUGCUACUGACAGUUUUUACCGGCUAUAGAAGCGCUGACACCACUGUCUAUGACCGUAAUAAGAUUCAUAUACUAGCCGUGUCUUAUCCAACCUCGACAUUGGCAGAAUCAUCAACACCUUGAUGGAGCCAUAACACGAAAAAUUGAUUGAUUGGGUUGUCGCUGCCAAGUUAAGGCUUCUACAUACGUUGCAACUAAUGGCAUGCGAUUUUAGAUAAUUACUGGCUAUGUAAGAGCAACGAAUUCAAUCGGUCGACCAAAUGUCGCAUUGCAAAUCAAAUGCAUUGACAUUUAGGGAGGUCAUUGGCAUUACUCAUUAGUUAGCCCCUAUAUUCAUUGACAUAUAUAUCUAAGGACGGGCCUCACGGACAAUAAGAAUGGAGCCAGUACAACCGGUGUAACGCACACGAAUUCAAGCCGAUCGUGCAGUCUAACGCCGCAACGCGAUUGGUUGAGGAGUUCGCACCACGCGCGCGAUUGGUCGCAACUAGUUCCGUUAGACUGCACGAUUGGCUCGAACUCGUGAGCCACACCACUGAACUAGCACCAUUCUUAGUGCCCGUAAGGCCCGUCCUUAGAUAUAUGUGUCAAUGCCUAUAUUCGUUUUGAUUUCAUAAAAGUAAAUUUCUGUUUUCAUCCGACUGUGGUGUUUUAGAUCUAUGUCUAUCUUGAGGCUAUUAAAAAACUACGAUACGUAUGAAAUUAAAGGAUAUUAUGACUAGUUUUUAAUCUGCAAUCAAUUUAUGUAAUUUUACAAUUAAUGUUAUUUCUAAUUCUAAUGCCAAAUAUACAUAAUAAUACAGUAAAAA